GGCCUCUCCUCUCUCUUUCUUUCAUUCCCGCGUUCAUCGCACACCAGAGACUACUCAUCAGGACUGUCUGUCCUCGGUUUCGCUGACGCGUUUCAUUUCAUUCUCUCUGCUCGCCUGUUGACCCCUCGAGUAUUGCCCUGACAACCGCGUUUUCCCUAUUUCUUUGUCCAGAGACCCUUUUCUUCACAACCACCACAACUUCAUCGACAGCAUGUCUGGCUACGGCGGCGGUCGAUCCAACGGCGGCGGUUACGGAGGCGGCGGCGGCGGUGGUGGUUACGGUCGUGAUCGCGGUGAUCGCGGCGAUCGCGGCGGCGACCGCAACGGCCACGGAGGCGGUGGAUAUGGCGGAGGCCGUGGCGGAUUCGGCAAUGGACACGGCGGCGGAUUCGGAGGCGGUGGCUAUGGUGGAGGUGGUGGUGGUGGUUACGGAGGCGGCGGUGGUGACCGAAUGGGCCACCUCGGCGCUGGUCUGCAAAGACAAGAAUGGGAUCUAUCCACUCUUCCCAAGUUCGAAAAGGACUUCUACAAGGAGGCUCCUGAAGUCGCCGCUCGCGACGCUGCCGAAGUCGAAGCGUUCCGUCGCAAACAUCAGAUGACCAUUGCCGGCUCAGAUGUUCCCAAGCCCGUCGAGACCUUUGACGAGGCUGGAUUCCCUCGCUACGUCAUGGAUGAGGUCAAGGCUCAGGGCUUCCCUGCUCCUACCGCCAUUCAGUCUCAAGGAUGGCCCAUGGCUCUUUCUGGACGUGAUGUUGUCGGUAUUGCCGAGACCGGUUCCGGAAAGACUCUCACAUACUGUCUUCCCGCCAUUGUUCACAUCAACGCUCAGCCCCUCCUGUCCCCUGGUGACGGCCCCAUCGUCCUGAUCCUCGCCCCCACUCGUGAGCUUGCUGUCCAGAUUCAGCAAGAAAUCUCAAAGUUUGGUCGCUCAUCACGCAUCCGCAACACCUGUGUCUACGGCGGUGUCCCCAAGGGUCCCCAGAUUCGUGACCUCUCCCGCGGUGUCGAGGUCUGCAUUGCCACUCCUGGCCGUCUCAUCGACAUGCUCGAGGCUGGCAAGACCAACCUUCGUCGUGUAACUUACUUGGUCCUCGACGAGGCUGAUCGCAUGCUGGACAUGGGUUUCGAGCCCCAGAUUCGCAAGAUUAUCGAGCAGAUUCGACCUGACCGACAGACUCUCAUGUGGUCCGCUACAUGGCCCAAGGAAGUCCGUGCUCUCGCCUCCGACUUCUUACAGGACUUUAUCCAGGUCAACAUUGGUUCCAUGGAACUGGCUGCCAACCACAGAAUUACCCAGAUUGUGGAGGUUGUCACCGAAAUGGAGAAGAGAGACCGCAUGAUUAAGCAUCUGGAAAAGGUCAUGGAGAACAAGGAGAACAAGAUCCUCAUCUUUGUUGGCACCAAGCGUAUCGCCGACGAGAUUACCCGAUUCCUUCGCCAGGACGGCUGGCCCGCUCUCUCAAUUCACGGAGACAAGCAGCAAAACGAGCGAGACUGGGUCCUCGACCAGUUCAAGACCGGAAAGAGCCCUAUCAUGGUUGCUACCGACGUGGCAUCCCGUGGUAUCGAUGUUCGCAACAUCACCCAUGUGUUGAACUACGACUACCCUAACAACUCGGAGGAUUACAUCCAUCGUAUUGGCCGUACCGGUCGUGCUGGCCAGAACGGAACUGCCAUUACGCUCUUCACCACUGACAACCAGAAGCAGGCUCGUGAUCUCGUCAAUGUGCUCCAGGAAGCCAAGCAACAGAUCGAUCCUCGUCUGGCUGAGAUGACCCGCUACGGUGGUGGUGGUGGCGGCCGCGGCUACGGCGGUUACCGUGGCCGUGGAGGCGGUCGCGGUGGAUAUCGUCGAUGGUAAAUUGCGCCAAAAAGCCCCUCUAGGAGUGACAACGGUCUAUCAGCCAACUCCAACAACUACCCACUGGGCAACCGUCGGUGGUAAGACAGAAGAAGACCUGCGCGCAUACCCACGCAGCGGACCGGACAAGUGCAACUCAUCAGAGUUUAGAAUGAAUGCGCCAUGUCCUGGAUCGCAUGAUACAAAAACGUGAACGGCCCAAAGCACUCAAACGGCGUUUGAUAGAGGACAGGAUUGGUUUCAAUUAGACACUGGCUCGCAUCCUUGCGUAGUCACCGGUUAUUUGGUUUUUGCUGUGGACGGAUAUUUUCUUGCUUUUGUUUUUGCUCAUUUUAUUAACCCUUUUUUCUUUUUAUUUUAAUGGUUUGAACGUAUAUCACAUAAGGACACGGAAGAAGGUGCUCCAUGGUUAUCGGUCACUUACUUGGCCAUGAUGUUUGAUGUAUCUCUCGACAUCAGCUAUAUGCCUCGGGGUUAACAAAUGUAUGUUGAUAGAAAAAAAUAUGAGGUCUGAGAGGACACGCAUUUGGGCAGAAUGUCUUUGUUUUUGCUACAGUGAAGUCAAGACUGCACAUGAGAUGUGAGAUGUGAGAUGUGUUGCCGAUGCAUUCAAGUUGCAGUAGCUGGCGUAGAGUUUAUCUGAUUUGGUGUUCCUGUUGGAGUGUCUUUGAUGCUUGUCCAUUCGUCAGCUACCAGUAGAGUCGAGUUCAUGACAGGCUGUCCAUCUAUAGUUGUAAGAUUGCUUGUGUUUGGAACAUGGAACUGGCUCCAGUAUCGCUCACGUCCUUAUUUGCGCUAGCCUUGCACAUGGAUUGAUGGUAUCCAAAGGCCAUCCAUCACAACUACCGUUCAAACAUAUCACAACUCACCUUUUGUGCAAAGACCUUGUCGACGCACCUUGCCGAUUCCAGCACCUAUACACACCAUCUACGUGAUCCUUUCCGGCGUUGAAUAGACCAAUCCCAUUUACGGAAGAUAUUAACCAACCUUUUUUUUUUUUCAUCUUUACACUUUCUCAUUUGUUACGGCCUUUAAUCCCUGUGUAUGUUUAUGUAGUGUG